AGAUUCGUCAUAAACAUACAUAGCACAUAAUGUUUAUCAGAUUCUGUAAGCAAUCUUCCAACGGAGAUCUGAAACAAAGAUAUUCUUGGAGUAAUUCCAGCGGAUUCGGAACACGAAGAACGGAAGCCGAGGUUGUUUCUGGUUCUGAACAAAGGGCUGAAACGUCGAAUGACGACGAGAACACUCUCAAGGAAAAUGGGCGCGCGAUGCAGGCGGUGGACCUGGUGGCGGACUGCCCGGAGCAGGUAGUAUCCUCGCGGCCAGCAUCGCGCGCAGCUUCGCCCGCGAGCACCGGAAGCUCCUCAGCCCCGUCUAGCCCCAGCAUGGGACAGCGGCCUAGUAGUAUUGGCCUUCUCAGACCGAAGAUUUCCCUCACCUGGGUUUUACGCAGUCAGCAGCACAACAGCAACAGCAACAGCAACAACAGCAACAACAACAACAACAACAGCAGCAGCAGCAGCAACAACAGAAGCAGCAGGAACAACAGAAGCAGCAGGAACAACAGCACAAUGGAACAUGAGGAAAAAGAGAGAAUCGUGCGCAGAAGUAUUAAGAGCGUCAAGAGCGUCAAGAGCGUCAAGAGUGUCAAGAGCGUGAAGAGCGUGAAAAGCGUGAAAAGCAUUAAAAGCGUUAAAGGUGUUAAAAAUUCUGAUGUAUCCAAGAAUAAAGAAAAGGAGAAGGAGAAGGAAAACGGCGAUUGCCUCGCGAAACACGAAAGGAAAAGUGUUGCUUUGCAUGCGAUUGAAAAGAUCGACAAGGCAGAAAAGUUGACAGAUAAGGAGAAGCCCACCGAUGUUUCGACGGACCAUGGAUUAGACAGGCGCCUAGAGAAAGAAAAUCAAGCGCCUAAAGAAGGCAAGGAGAUUAAAGAAAAGGUAAAAAGGGCUAUCUCCGAACCUAAUUUGAAUACACGAGAAUCCAACGGUACGCCGACUGGGCGUGAAAAGCACAGGCAUCGGAGAAGUAAGCGUAGUCACAGACCUAAAACACCCAGUAAAUUUGGAUACGAAAUAGCUGACCUGGACUCGUUCCUUACGAAGGCGUCGAUCGAGCGUCCGGCCAACAUCCCCGUGGUCCUGUCGUUCCCCUCGGUUCUAUACCAGACCCAGGGUGGCACGCAGGCCGAGAUGGCCCUGCCCCUCGGCACCGUCGUCAACGCCGUCUUCAAGAAUCAGGCCUGGCUAUACGUGCAGACGCCCCACGGCCAGGAGGGCUACGUUGGCUACGCCGCUUGUCUACCCCUUGGCAUCCUGCCUCAAUCGACUCGCGGACCAUGCUGGGAGGAUUCGACCGACGUCUUUCCCAGGCCACUUGGCAACUUGACGGACACGGAGAAGUUGCGGGACACACGGUCCGAGUGCGGUGACAGUCGGCACCCUCGACGCGCAGCUUCGACCGUUCCACGAGAAUCGACCGGAAGCCGCUGCGGGGCAGGAGAACGCAGCGUCGACCGUCUCUACCUCCGGGCGGCUGAGGGGGUAAGGAGGAGAGGCGCGCGGCACACGCUACUCCUCGUUCGGGAGGACUACGAGGGCCAAGGUGCGGCCGAGGCCCUCAGCGUAGCCAAGGGCGAGGUCGUUGCCCUCCUUGCUGACAAUGCCCAGGCCGAUUGGCUCUGGGUACGAGCACGCGACGGUCGCGAGGGUUUCAUACCCGCCCUCGUUGCCGGCCACGGCUAUCUAUGAAUGUCCCGAGAGCCGUUGCCGUUAUAGGGCAAGCUGACCGAGGUCGUCCCAACGGAUUCCUCGAAGACGUUGCAUCCGCAAGAUUGAGCAAGCGAUGUCGUUACGAGAGAUUAGAUUUAGAUUUUUAAGUGUGCCUAUGUAACUUACUCUGUUAAAUAUUGUUUAUCAUAUUCUUACUGAGAUAUUUCACGCGAUCGCACUCCAAUGUCUCGUUAUUCUGUUGGCGAGGAAAGACGAUGAAUUUAGAGAAAGUCCUACUAAGUGCGUCAUUUUUAAUUUUAGUCAUUUUUCGCUGGAGCGUGAAACUUA